UUGGUAAAAGUUGGCAGCGGCAGCAGGAGCAGUAGGGUUAGGAAUGCAUUUCUGAAGUGAGCACAUUGUUUAGCAGCUUCCACAAGGAGAAGGGCCAUGACAGUAAAUUCUCUAUCGACGAGAUCAAAUUUAUGUAGAGCCCUGUUCCAUUGUCCUCCAAUCCAUGAUGGCCUUCUGCCAUUAAGAGAGGUGGUGGCAUAACUUGGACACCAAGGAUGGAUUACUUUCUCACUUCUGAAGACAGGAACACUCUUUCCUCCCUCAUUUAAAACUCCAUUAAACUUAUUCUGCUGCACUCUCUUCCAUAUUCAUUCAUUUCGAAUUCGACUCCUAUAAGUUGAGGUGUUGGAAGCUUCCUGCUCUGCCCCACUCGCAGCUUCUCCUUGUUCCUCCUCCACCAUCAAAAUGCAAGCUUUCAUGGCUCCCCUGUUUCUGCUGCUCCUGUUGUGUGACCAGUUCUUGGUUAUUGAUGGUGCUCGGCCUGAUUCCGUCGUCUUCCCCCUCUCCCACUCCCUCUCCCGUUCCAAAAAUUCCAACUUUAGCACCCUCCAGCACCUCAAGUCGUCGGCGCUCCACUCGGCGGCGCGCCACCGUAGCCGCCGGCACGCUCCGGAGCGACGCCGGCAGCAGGUCUCCCUCCCGCUGUCCCCCGGGAGCGACUACACGCUCAGCGUCUCCGUCGGCGCGCCGUCCGCACCCACCAUCGUGUCGCUGUAUAUGGACACCGGCAGCGACCUCGUAUGGUUCCCCUGCUCCCCGUUCGAGUGCAUGCUGUGCGAGGGCAAGCCGUCGUACCCUCCCCUCCACCCACCACUGCCCCCGCCGCCGGCGUCCCGCCAGGUCACCUGCGGCUCCGCCGCCUGCUCCGCCGUCCACUCGGGGCUCCCCGCCUCCGAUCUCUGCGCCAUCGCCGCGUGCACCCUAGACGACAUCGAGACCGACUCCUGCUCCGCCCCGUGCCCGCGGUUCUACUACGCCUACGGCGAUGGGAGCCUCGUCGCCCGCCUCCGCCGUGGCCCGCUCUCCCUACAUGGCUCCACUGCCCCUUCCGCGGCGCCGCUCCGCCUGCAAAACUUUACCUUUGCGUGUGCGCACUCCGCGCUGGCGGAGCCCGUCGGCGUCGCGGGGUUCGGCCGAGGCCCGCUCUCGUUGCCCGCCCAGCUCGCCGCUCUCUCGCCCUCCCUCGCCGCCCGCUUCUCCUACUGCCUCGUCUCCCACUCCUUCCAGCAAGACCGCCUCCUCCGGCCCAGCCCGCUCAUCCUGGGCCGAACCGAGCCGAAGCCAUCGGAACCGGACCAAGAUCCGCCCUUCGUCUACACGCCCCUCCUCCACAACCCUAAACACCCCUACUUCUACUCCGUCGGCCUCGAGUCGUUGUCGAUCGGGCCGAGCCGGGUUCGGGCGCCGCCCGAACUAAGGGAUGUCGACCGGAGAGGGAACGGCGGGAUGGUGGUCGAUUCGGGCACCACCUUCACGAUGCUUCCGGCGGAGACCUACACGAGCUUGGCGAACGAAUUCAACCGUCAGAUGAGCCGGGCAGGGUUCGAGCGUGCCGCGGAGGCUGAGGAGCGCACUGGGCUGAGGCCAUGCUACUUCUUCGAGGACCGGGUGGCGGAUCGGCGUAGCGUGCCGGGCCUGGCGCUCCACUUUGCGGGAAACGCCAGCGUGGCGCUGCCGCGGCGGAACUACUUCAUGGGGUUCGAGAGCGGCGGGCGGCGGGUAGGGUGCCUGAUGGUGAUGAGCGGCGGGGAGACCGCCGGCGAGGAGGAAUACGGGGGACCGGCCGGGACGCUGGGCAACUUCCAGCAGCAAGGUUUCGAGGUGGUGUACGACCUGGAGGGGAAGCGGGUGGGGUUCGCAAGGCGGCGAUGCGCGGCGCUGUGGGAGGAGAUGUCACGUGCUUGAGACGGCGCCUUUCGUUUCGCCUUCGCACGUGUGGGCUUCGACUUGGGGAACAGGUUGCCGCGGGACGUGGGAUGGUGCACGUGCGGGGCAUGGACGAGAGCACGCCCUUUUGUUCCAUGUAUCCAAAUGUGGUCUUCAAAUUCGACUUGCGUAAAUUCACGUAAAUAAUAAUUUUAAAAAACGGAGUGGUGGACGCUCAACUUC